CUCUCUUGUUUAAAUGUGGCCGGGUAAGUUUCCUUGUCGCUCUGAACCUUCUGUGCGAGUAAGAACCAUCGUUUCUCACUCCUUUACGUUGGCCCAAAAGCGUGUUUACUGUUUGGUGAAGAUAGGAAUUUCAUUACGAAAUACGAAUGCCUUGUCGGCGUUUCCAUAUUAUGUAAUAUGUUAUAAUAUUAUGUUUGAUAUGAAUGGAAUAUAAGAAUAAUAUUGUGUUUGAGUAGUGUAUUCAGUGUCCACAAGACCGACCACAUUUCUAGUAUUUUCAAUAUUCCACCGUUUUGUGAGUGCGUUUCUUAUCUAUAUUGAUAUUUUUGAAUUUUCACGAUUAUCAUUAUUUACUAUUCUCCGUUGUUUUGAAUUUUGUCCCAACAAGUAAUGUUUAAAGUCGUCGGCUUUGCGAAUGUUUGUACGCUUAUAAGAAACAGAGUCAGUUAAAUUAAUAUUAGAACGAUGGAAUCUAAUAACCCAGAGUCUAUGGAUGUAUCAGAUCAAGAGGAUAUAUUCAUUGAAAAUGGCAUCUCUAAAAAAGUUGAUAAAAAUAAUGUAAAACGUAAAAAACGUAGAAAGUGUUUACGUGACAAAACAGCUCCAAGACCUCCACAUUCUGGAUAUAUACGAUUUUUAAAUGAUAGGCGUGAACAAUUUCGUUCUGAAAAUCCCAAUUUACCAUUUGCAGAAAUAACCAAGGUAUUGGCUGCUGAAUGGAACCAGUUGACAGCAGAUAAAAAACAACAUUAUCUCUUGGCCGCUGAACAAGAACGAGUAAAAUAUGUUGAAGAAUUGGCAGCUUAUAAAAAGACUGAUGCAUACAAAAAUUUUAUUCAACGCAAAUUGAAAAAAAAAAAAGUUAAUACCCAUAUUGAAGAAGAUCAAGAAUUAAAAAAGGAAAAACCAUCAAGUGAUAUCAAAUUAAAAAAGGAUCAAGAAAUAAAAAAAGAAAAACCAUCUAUUGAUAUCAAGUUAAAAAAGGAUCAUGAAUUACAAAAAGUUAAACCAACCAGUGAUAAUAUUAAUGCAGUAUAUGACAUACCUAUAUAUUCUGAUGAUUUUUUAAACUUCAAUAAAGGGAGAGAUAGUGAUCUUAGAUACAUCCGCAAAAAGGUAACAGAUCAAGCACAAGAAGUUUCUGUUUUAGAUAAACAUAUUGAAAAUAUGCAAAAUGGUAUAACCAAUUUAAUGGCUAAUUCUGAAAAACUCAAAGCCGGAUCCUCAAAGUAUGAACAGUAUUUAAUUAAAUUACGAUCUCAAUUUCUAGAUGCUUUUGCUAACAUUGCAUUCCCAGAUGACAUUGAGCCACCUACCGAAGAAACUAUUGACACAUUUAUAGUUAAUUUAGUUCCACUUCUAUCAACUGAUAAUGCUACAGAGCCUUCCUGGAUUGCAAAUGUAAAACAGGUUAUUUCUAAUCUGGAUUUUUCACAAUGUUAAAAGAAAUUAUAUUUUAAUUUAAAAGUCAUAAAUUAUCCAAUUAUGUUUCAAAUAGUCAACAUUUUGUAACUGGUAUCUUUCUUAUUUAGAAAUCUGAAAUAAUAAAGAAUUUUUUUACUAUUAUA